CACUCCUGAGCUAGCAGUUGUGGCAGAAGGGGAGGGAGUCACCCUACAGUCCAGGGCCUCCCAGACGGGCCCUGAACCUCCGGAGACCCUGGGCAGGAAAGGGGGCAGGUCCAGGAAGGGCCAGCGGCGGUCGCAACAGGUCCCGGCUGUGCAGUGGGUUCUGCGGAGCAGAGAUGGCAGGAACCAGGCCCAGAUGGGUUUGGGCCAGCAAGAGGCAAAAACGGCCGCUCCGCAGGCCGCCCACCCUGAAUCUGGGACUCGCCUUACCCCAAGACCCCAGGAGCUGGCAGGGCCCGUCCCAGAAACACGCCACCUGACGGUGCCUCCGCCAGACGACGGCGUGACCGUGGAGACCCAGGCUGAAUCCGUGGAUACGGAUGAGCCAGCCGACGUCCGGCCAGAGACCCCGGCGUCCCCGCUGGAGGCGGUGAUCGAAGUGGAGGAUGCCUCGUCGGUCUCCUCGGACCCUGCCGCAGGACUCCCGCGAGAGAGGGGCCUGUCGGGGUCCGGCGCGGUGAAGGCGGAGAGAGAGGAGGUGCCCGUCGUGUCCGCCGAGGAGGUGUCGGCCACGGAUUCGGAGCAGCCGUCCACCGACCCGGACCCAGACCCGGAGCCGGACCAGACGCCGCGCCGGAGCUCUCCGGGGGAGUGUAUCCUCCUCGGGGAGGCGACAUCGCCGGACCGCGCCGCGGGGCCGAAGAGAGGGGUGAGGGAGAGGAAGGAAGAAGGGGAGGAGAAGGGCGAGGAAGGGGAGGACGUCCCAGAGAAUGCGAGGGAGGGGCCGGCCCAGGCCGCCGAGUCGCUCUCCACUUCCUCUGUGCCGCUGACGCACAGGAAGCCCCCCAGGCCCUCGAGGCCGCUGGGCAAGACGCCCGUGGAGUGCCAAUACUGCGGGCGCUACUUCCGCCACAUCUCCCCUUACAUCAUCCACCUGCGCGUCCACACGGGCGAGAAGCCCUACAGCUGCCAGGUCUGCGGGAAGAGCUUCGCCCAGCUCUCGAACCUCAACUCGCACCGCAGGCUGCACGAGGCGGCCCGGCUCUUCCCGUGCGCGCACUGCGGCCGCCGGUUCCAGCACCAGGAGGGCCUGCGCUUCCACCUGCGGGUGCACGGGCAGACGCCGGAGGGGCCCGAGGGCCGGCAGCCCGCCACGCCCGGGGAGGGGCAGGAAGGGACUGCCGCCACGGGGGCCGGGGAGGCCCCGACGGUAUCGGACCCCCCCUCCGAGGGGGACAAGCCCUUUGUGUGCCACGAGUGCGGGAAGGCGUUCCGCUACGCGGGGCCCCUGCAGAUCCACAUGCGUGUCCACAGCGGGGAGCGGCCCUACUCCUGCAGCGUCUGCGGCAAGGCCUUCAGCCAGAUCUCCAGCCUCAACACGCACGAGAAGACGCACUGGCCCGUCAAGCCCUACGCCUGCAGCAUCUGCGGGAGGGGCUUCACCCAGCUGGGGGCCCUCAAGGCCCACUCCCGGACCCACACCGGAGAGAAGCCGUUCUCCUGCGCGGACUGUGGGCAAGCCUUCACCCAGCUCGCCAGCCUGCGCGCCCACCAGGCCUCCCAGGUGUGCUGGGGGGAGGGAGGAGGGGCCGGGGCGCAGGGGGAGAGCGCACCCCGGUGGCCGGGGCUCCCCCUGCAGGGGGAGAGGGCCGAGGGGCCGGGGGAACCCCUUUCCUGCGAGUUCUGCGGCAAGACCUUCCGCUGCCAGGGGCCGUACGAGGCCCACCUGCGGUCGCAUAGCGGCGCGCGGCCUUACCGCUGCGGGGACUGUGGCAAGCAGUUCGCCCAGAAACGAGACGCGGGGCUGAAGAGGGACGAGGCGCUGCGAGAGAGGGAGACGGCUGUUCCUCCGUCUGUCCGCCUGUCUGUCCCUGUCGCCCUGUCUGGGUCCUGUGUACAGUGCUUCAUGACCUUCCGUGACCAGGAGACAACAGAGCGCCACUUGAGGUUCAAGCACCCAGCGGAAUAUGAGCGCCAGCUCCGCGGCCGCACCGUUUUCGCCUGCUGCGUUUGCGACCUCACCUUCCCCUCCUCUGCCCAGCUCAGCGCUCACCAGCGCACCCACAGCAAGUGGAGCCUGCCCCCUGGUGGGCUGGAGGACUCACUGCAGCGAGAGCGGCAGGGGGGGGAGUGGGAUCGGGGUGAGGGAGGGGAGAGGAAAGUCGAGAUUCCCAUGGAAGAGAGACCUGAUCCUGAGAAACAGCGCCCCUCACCUCUGCAGCAGGGCUCCGGCCUCAGCAGUGGUGCUGCCCUGGCACUGCGCUGCCUCCAGUGUCACAUCAUCUUCACUGACCAGCACACCUGGGACCGGCACAUGAGAGCCAAGCACCCCUCUCCAGCCGGCCACGCGCCCCUGCCCCCCCGGCCCCCCCGGGGCCAGCCAAGACCCUACUGCUGCCCUGUGCCCCAGUGCCCCCGUCUGCCCGUCCACCCGCCCCCCUGCACCCCCAUGACUGAGUACUACGAGGAGGGGGGGCUCCUGUACGAGCGCAGCGCCCCCGUGAGGGUGAAGGUGGAAUCGCCGGAGCAGCUGCUCAAGGCUGGGGCUCUCUCAGAGGACGGGUUCCCCGGAGACGAGGAAGAGGAGGAGGAUGACGAGGCCGGCUGCGACAGGGACGGGGGGCCGGCUGGUGAGCUCCCCUUCAACGUGGUGGUGGUGCACCCCAACACGGUAGAGCCGGGGAUCCCCACAGAUGACUACACCCUCCCCGAGCAAAACGGCGCGGUCGCGGGGGGCAAGCGGAAGAGCCGCUUCAGCGGGGCGGAGCUGGAGGUGCUGGUGUCGGAGGUGACGAGCCGCGAGGGCGAGCUGUUCGGGCCGGCGGGCCGGCUGCGGCGCCGAGAGCGGGAGCGCAUCUGGGCCGACAUCCUGGAGCGCGUCAACGCCGUCUCCCGCGUGCCCCGCACCCUCCGCGAGGUCAAGAAGCGCUGGGACGACCUGAAGAGGCGCAACGGGGGCCGGCUGGCGGACGCCCGCCACCGCCGCCGCUGCCCGCCCCAGAGGGAGGCCCUCCCUGCGGGCCGCGGUGGGCCGGCGAGCCCCAGGCUUCAGGCCCGACACAGGCCCGGUACGGCCAGGGGCAAGGCCAGCACCGGAGUCUGCACUCCCGCGGCAGGGGCAGGUCUGGGGCUCCCAGCGGAGAGAGGGGACGAGGAGCGAGAGGGAGAUGAGGGAGUGGAGGAGCUGAAGGGAGGAGUGGGGGGGCAGGAGGAAGACGGCGGAGAGGAAGAAGGGGAGAGCACGGAGGACAGACUGGGCCUGGGGGUGGGCGUGGGGGUGGAGUUGGGACCCUCCUCUGCAGAGCGCUGGCUGCCGCCCUCCCCCCUCUACAGUGCCCCCUUUCUCAACGGGACGCCACACCCCAGCCCCCCGCCACCCCCCAUCCCGCCAGACCUUGUGGGGGCCCCUCGUGGCCCCUGGUUGGAGGAGGAGCUUCGUGGGCUGAGCGAGGCCGCAGUUCGCCUGGGGGACCAGGUGGAGCUGAGCCUGAGGGAGUGGGGGGAAGCUUUUCAGCGCGACGCGCGGACUCUCGCAGCCUCGCAGGAAGCCCUGGCCGCCAGCCUGCAGCAGAACAACAUCCUCCUGCAGAGGCUGCUGGGAAUUCUGGAGAGACAGCAGCCGCAACCCCAGCCCCCUCCUGCACCGCCACCACCCCCUGAUCUCCUGGAUGAACGUCACACGCCUGGAGGCUUGUGCGGCGAAGGGGGUGGAGACGGAGGGCAGUGUUGGCCCAACAUGGCCGGUGUGUGCGUGCAGAAGCCCCGGGACGGCGCCCUGGACGGGCCGCUGCCGGGCCCGCAGGACCCCCGCGCUUCGCUGAGCCCCGCCGGGGCCGCCGGCGGAUCGGCCCCCGUCCCACGCAGCCGCGACGGUGAAGCCGGGGAGGGCAGCGGAGCGGCGGCUGGCAGCGGCGGGGUCCUGAAAGCCCCGGUGCCGGCGAGAGAAAACACCACCGCGGCUCUUUCAGCCCCGGCGGAGGCCUCGGCGAUCCUCGGCCUCGCCUGCGCCAGCCAGCGGGGACAGGCGCGUUCCGAGCCGGCGCCGGCACUCGGGCAGAUCACGGGAACAAGCGAGAAUCGCAAAAACACGGGCUCUGCGGCGGAGGGUCCGGGCUGCGCGGUGUCCGGGGGGAGGAGGAGGAGGAGGAGUCCGGAGAGCCGGGGCAGCGGGAAGAGGAAGAGGAGUGCCGCCACUGGCGGGGGGCAGCCGACGGCCCGCCCCCGCCGCCGGCGCGCCCCGGAGAAGCUGUACCGCUGCCCGCUGUGCCGCCAGGAGUUCCAGUACCGCGUGUCGGUGAACGCCCACAUGAGGGCGCACUCCCUGGAGAGCCCCUUCCGCUGCCUGGAGUGCGGCAAGGGCCUGCCCUCCGGCCCGGCGCUGCACGCGCACCAGCGCUCCCACGCCGCGCUCAAGCCCUACGAGUGCCCCGAGUGCGGCGCCGCCUUCCGGCACCGCUCGGCGAUGGCGGCCCACCGGCGCCGGCACUGGGCCCGCCGCCCCUUCCAGUGCAGCCUGUGCGGCAAGCGCUUCCGGCUCGGCGGCCACCUUCGGCUCGAGGACCUGAAGCGUGGCUCCGUGCCCCCCCCGGCGCGGCCCCCGGGAGACAGGGGGGCCCCUCAGCCUCAGCCUCAGCCGCAGAAGGACAGGCGCCCCCACGCCCCCGGCAGCCCUGCCCUGCAGCGCCCCCCGGUGGACCGGCGCCUGCAGUGCAUGAUCUGCGGCCGGUCGUACCCCCGCGAGCUGGACCUGCACCAGCACUACAUGCAGCACGCGCAGGGGCAGAUCUGAGGCCGCCCGGCUCCGGGUUCCAGAGGCCACUGGGACACUGGGACUGCACUGGCACUGGUACCGGCUCCGGGUUCGAGAGGCCACUGGGACACUGGGACUGCACUGGCACUGGUACCGGCUCCAGGUUCGAGAGGCCCCAGGCCAGAACCUGGGACACUGGGACUGUGUCCUGGCCUGGGAAGAAAUAAGCUUGGCUGACUUUUACUCCUGCCGCAGUGCCGGGAGAUUCGGUGUUGUGUGUGUGUGUGUGCGCGAGCGAGUGAGAGUGUGUGUGCGUGCGUGCGUGUGUGCGCGCGAGCGAGCGAGUGAGAGUGUGUUGGUGUGAGAGUUGCAGGACUUGUUUGUGAUUCUUCUGGAAGCCCAAUAAAGUGAUUCAGUCUGGA